GACAACGAAGACGACGAUAAUAUAUUGGAUGGUAGAAACAAGAUGACGGACUCUUCUGGUAUAGAAUCUCCUGCCGCACCGGAAUGGCUGGUGAAGCUGGAAAGCCGCAGGGAACGUAUUAAAGCCAAACUUAGCCACGAAAGUGGCAACGGCGCGCCGUGCAAUGUUUGUGGAAGCGCUUGUCCGGGAUUGGAUUUACACUUUUGGAGAAAAAUAUGUCGUAACUGCAAGUGCCGCAAAGAGCAACACGACUGCAUCGACGACGACGUUAGUGGUUGGGCGCAGUUCGAAAUCCUUGGGGCCAUUCGGUCGAAGCCAGCAUACAUUCGAAUUUCCGAGCUGACAGACAAACCGGUGGAGCUGGCCUGGGUACCACCGAACGUGACCCCCGAGCUGGCUUCGGACUACAUGCGCACGCUCGGCCAGCAGAACAUUCCGAUCGUGGGCAGCGAGGCGGCUGAAAAGCGCAAACAGCAGCUCGAGUUCCAGGUGCCCGCACACGAUCUCGACACGAACCUGUGCCAUAACCUGACGCCGUACGAGGCGGGUCAGCUGAGUGAGUACGUCGAGAAAAUCAAAACGCACUGCGUUGGCCAGGGUACGGUCCUGCGCAUCGGUGGUGAGGGAGCAGGUCAGCUGCAGUACGGAACGGUGGUUCAGCAACCGAAACGAGACCAGCCUGGCGACAUCACACCGUCCGCAAAUGUCCAGUCUGGUGAUUCAACGCGCCCGGACUACAUGGAGAGUCCCGCACUGUCCGACAAGAUGAAGUACAAACUGCACCUGAUGGGUAUCAGCAGCUCAGAGAUGGUGGCUCAAGCGAUGCGGCAGGAUCCGGCCAUCGUGCUUACGGCCGGUUCCGCUGGGGUUCCUGAACCGAUCGUAAAAUUCCAUCGAGAGUAUCAAACGAACCCGAAGUUCCGUGCCGAGAUGGAUCGUUUCGUGGAGCAGCAGCAGCAGGCCCAAAAACUGGAUGAACCAUUGGGUAGUGUGGCCGGGGGAUCACUUGUACCGUCGGGUAGUAAUGAUUCCGGGUUUGGUUCGAUUCCGGUGAGCCCCCGGGACGUCACUCCGGGCCACGCUGAACUCCUCGGGCCAAUGGGAACGUUGGGCUUGAGUGAGAAGGUAAUGCCUCCACCGCAGCAGGCCUCCACCGGCCCGGCCAUCGCCACGCUGCAAACGCUCCGCUGUGGCGGCUGCACGCUUCCGAUAACGACCGGCGAGGUGGCCGUAAAAGUGGAUCGGCCGGUCAGCAGCGAAUGCUCGGUCUGGCACCCACAGUGCUUCCAGUGCCAACGAUGCGGCGAACUGUUGGCCGAUCUCGUCUACUUCUACCACGCCGGUGCCAUCUACUGUGGGCGCGAUCUGGCCGCCAUCCUUAAGAUUCCGCGUUGCGCCGCCUGCGAUGAGCUGAUCUUCACCAAGGAGUACACGGCGGCCGAAGGGGCCACCUUCCACGUGCGCCACUUCUGCUGCUAUCACUGCGAUGGCCCGCUGGCCGGUCAGCAGUACGUCAUGGACGAGCGUUCCUCGCAGCCACUCUGUCUACCGUGCUACGAAGGCCAUUAUGCGCAGACGUGUGCCACCUGCCAGCGGCGCAUCGGCCCCACGGAGCAGGGGGUCGGAUGGGACAAGAUACACUGGCACAAGGAGUGCUUCCUGUGCAGCGGUCGCCACUGCCGGAAGUCACUCAUCGGGGGUCGCUUCUGUGUCAAGGCGAACCGGCCAUACUGUAGCGCCCAGUGCACAAAAGAUAUUUGAUAAGAGAUCAAGUUCAGGGCACAGCCAUAAGCACGAUGCGUCUCACGAUAGUUCCGGUUCGUCAUUAUUCUUCUUUUUUUUGAAAAACCUAGUGUAGUCGGAAAAAGUAACUUGUUUUUGGAAAUUUAAUUCCCUUUCUAAGUCAUACGUAGUAUUAAAAUUUAAAAAUUUAUGACAAACUUUUCCGUUUGUUAUUUUAGAAAAUGCAAGAGCGGUAAAAAGAGAGAUCGCACCAUACCAUGCAACGAGCCAGAAACCGACCUCUCUUUUUACCGAUCUUGAGAAAAAAGAUUCAACUGGAGAACACACUUUAUGUUAAGGUUUUAAAAAAUAGUAUCGACAACGGACAUUCGGAAGAAACGCAGAGUAUUAUUUGUACAGCGCCAUCCUCAACCUAAGUGCCGUUUAAUGAUCAGUUUAACGCGUUAAGGCAGGAGGUGUGAGAUACAAAACGGAACCAGAUAUGUCACAUUUGUGGUACAUUUUUGCUUAGAAUUGGAACGGCUUUACUAACGGCUCCUAAGCGCUGACGUCUGACUACCGACGAACAACAUUCCGGGUGAGCCGAAACAGAUCCUAACACAAUAUGACACACCAUAGGCAUACUGGAUCGACAGAACGCUGAACGAGUUAAUAGAUGAUAAGAAAGGUCGUUUUGCAACCCCACGCCUCGAAACCCACCCACAUAAGAAUCUUCAUUUCAUAGUUCAUAAACAUUAUUUAGAGACUUAAGCGAAAUUACAUUUUAAAAGAUGUAUUUUUCGUGGAGGAAAACAAACACCGCCGUGCAUUUAGGUGCUAGUUUUACGAUGAAGCAUAACCGAAAAUCAUUUCUGCGAUCGGUAAUGAUCCCACUAUUUAAUUUUACAAAAGAAAACUGAUAAAUAAAGAAGUAGUGCUAUUUUAC